AUGAUUUUAGUUGCAUUUGCUGCGUUAAUUAACAAUGGAAUCUUUCUAUCCUGUCAAUGUCUCCUUCGAAAUAGAAAUUACAUAAAUAAAAAAAAUCCCGAUUUCACAUGCGGUAAAACAAUUGCAGGAAUUCAACUUAAUGACUUAUCAUUUUUGUAUUUCGUGUCGUCAAAUACUGAACACCGAUAUGAC